AUGAGAAGAAUUUUCGGAGGGAAAAAGCAGCCAGGACCUCCAGCUCCUACACUUGAUGAAGCAAACCAAAGUAUGGAAAGGCGAGUCCAAAUAUUAAGACAAAAGAUAUCAGAAUGUGAUAAAGAUUUGGCUGACCUUAAAGAAGGUAUCAAAAAGUCAAGAGGGGCGUCUCAGACUAUGAAUAAGCAAAGAGCAGUCCAAGUUUUAAAGAGAAAAAGGAUGUAUGAAUCUCAGCUGCAAAAUUUAACAUCUCAGCAGUUCAAUGUAGAGCAAAUGCAAUUUACUAGUCAAGGUGUUCAGGAUACUAUUGUUGCUGUUAGUGCUAUGAAAGCUGCACAUGAAGUGCAGAAAAAACAGAUGAAGCAAUUAAACGUCGAACAAGUAGAAAACAUGAUGGACGAUAUGCAAGAUCUGAUGAUGGAUACUGAAGAAAUCAAUGAAGCCAUGAGCAGGAAUUAUGCACUUGAUGGAAUUGAUGAAACUGAGCUUGACGCAGAGUUGGCAGAGCUUGAUGAAGACAUUUUGCAAGAAGAUAUAUCAGCUGGAGCAUUGAAAGCUCCCUCUUAUUUACCUUCUGCACCUCCUCAGAAGACUGACGAAAUUACCUACUAG